UUGAGACGGGUAGUUUGGAUUACGUUUGCCAUCCGUUUAUUUCAACAUUUAUAAUAAAAUUAAUUUUUGAAUUGAAUAAUUACAUUAUUUUUAAAAUAAUUUAUAGUUUUAUGAAUAUUAUUAAAAUAUUUAGUUAAAAUGAUUUCUAAACGAUUUUCAAUAUUAAUUUUAAAUUCGGGUUAAAAUAAAUCGUGAAUAUUUAAAAUAAAUUAGAGGAAAAAUUAAUGUAAAAGAAACCUGUAAAAAGCGCAACCAUCUUGAUUUUAAAUUUUUUUCGAUUUGGUUUUUUUUUCUGCGCGAAUUGCUUAAAGAUUUACUUUACUUGCAUUUAAAGUAAAAGGAAAAAAGAAUAAUUCAAUGGUGGCUAAAUGUGAUAACUAAAAAAGAUAUUGUAUCUAUUAAACCUUUUUUUUUAAAUAUAAAGCAAUUUGGAUUACGAUGCAUUUAAGCUGCAGUGCUAUAUCAGAUAACUUAUGGAUAAAAUUUUUAGUGUUUUCUUAUUGUAUUGGAUUAACUUUAACCAAAGCUGAAGGAGGAUUCAUAUCAUGUUCCCCUUCACCGUGUAAAAACGGAGGAAAAUGCAUUCAAAAUAUUUCCAAAGAUGGUUUAUCAUAUUGCAAUUGUACCUCGAAGUAUGUUGGAGAUUUUUGUGAGUAUUCAAAUCCAUGUUAUACAGGUCCAGGACCACGAUGCCAAAAUGGUGGAAGUUGUACUGUAACGUUUCGAGAAGGUACGCCAAGAUUUUCCUGUCAAUGUCCAAUAGGUUUUACGGAAUCAUUAUGUGAAAUACCAGUCAAAAAUGCCUGUGAUUCAUCACCAUGCUUAAAUGGUGGAACUUGCAAUUUGAAAACACUCGCUACAUAUACAUGCUCAUGUCCGGUUGGCUACACUGGUAAAAGUUGUGAAAAAGCUAAUUUAUGUGCGUCAUCACCAUGUCGAAAUGGUGGGACAUGUACAUCGAUGCCUGGUGGCAAUUUUAAAUGUCAUUGUCCAAAAGGAUUUCAAGGUUUAACAUGUUCGGACGAUGUUGAGGAAUGCCACAGUGGGAAUCCAUGUAGACAUGGCGGUACCUGUGUGAACACGCAUGGAUCAUAUCAGUGUACGUGUCCAGCUGAUUACACCGGCAAGAAUUGCGAAUCAAAAUACAUUCCAUGCUCCCCAUCACCUUGUCAAAAUGGUGGUACUUGUCGUCAAAUAAAUUUAUUAAGCUACGAAUGCAAGUGUCCACCAGGUUUCCAAGGGAAAAAUUGUGAAGAAAACAUUGACGAUUGCCCUGGAAAUUUAUGUCAAAACGGUGCUACCUGUAUUGAUGCUAUUAAUGCGUACCGCUGCAAGUGCUCACCGAACUUUACAGGAGAUAAUUGCGAAAUUGAUGUUGAUGAAUGUGCUAUAAAACCUCAGAUAUGUCAAAACGGUGCGACAUGUACCAAUACUCAUGGAAGUUAUUCUUGCAUAUGUGUAAACGGUUGGACCGGUGUAGAUUGUAGCGAAAAUAUAGACGAUUGUGCUAAUCGAGCAUGUUUUAAUGGAGCGACUUGUAUUGAUGGUGUAGGAAGUUUUUAUUGUCAAUGCACUCCUGGUAAAACAGGUUUGUUGUGCCAUUUGGACGACGCUUGUACAUCGAAUCCAUGUCAUGCAGACGCAAUGUGUGAUACCAGUCCAAUAAAUGGAUCAUUUACCUGCUCAUGCGCGUCUGGUUAUAAAGGUAUAGACUGUUCAGAAGACAUCGACGAAUGUGAUCAAGGAUCGCCUUGUGAACAUAAUGGAAUUUGUGUCAAUACACCAGGUUCAUUUGCAUGCAAUUGUUCUCAAGGUUUUACUGGCCCUAGAUGUGAAACUAAUGUUAAUGAAUGUGAAUCACACCCAUGCCAAAACGAAGGAAGUUGUUUAGAUGAUCCUGGUACUUUUAGGUGUGUUUGUAUGCCCGGAUUCACCGGUAUACAGUGUGAAAUUGAUAUCGAUGAAUGUCAAGCAAAUCCGUGUUUGAACGGUGGAACUUGCCACGAUAUGAUUAAUGGUUUUAAAUGUACCUGCGCGCUUGGGUUUACAGGAUCUCGAUGUCAAACCAAUAUUGAUGAUUGUCAUUCCCAACCUUGCCGUAAUAAUGGAAUAUGUCAUGAUUCUAUAGCAGGAUAUAAUUGUGAAUGCCCACCUGGUUACACGGGGUUAUCAUGUGAAAUUAAUAUAAAUGAUUGUCAGUCGAAUCCAUGUCAUCGCGGAAAAUGCAUUGAUGGCGAUAAUUUGUUUACUUGCCUUUGUAACCCUGGAUAUACUGGCUAUUUGUGUCAAACACAAAUAAAUGAGUGUGAAUCAAAUCCAUGUCAAUUUGGCGGUCAUUGUCACGAUCUGAUCGGAGGUUACAAAUGUUUAUGUAAAGCUGGAACCUCUGGGACAAAUUGUGAAAUAAAUGUCAAUGAAUGUCACAGUAAUCCUUGCCGAAAUGGAGCGACAUGUGUAGAUGGAAUUAAUAGAUAUGAUUGCAAAUGCGUGCCUGGAUUUACUGGAACUCAUUGUGAAACAAAUAUAAACGAAUGCGCUUCAGAUCCCUGCGCCAAUGGUGGGGUAUGCAUAGAUUUGAUUAAUGCUUUUAAAUGUGAGUGUCCACGCGGAUAUUAUGACGCGAGGUGCCUUAGUGAUGUUGAUGAAUGCGAAUCGAAUCCCUGUAUAAAUGGAGGACGCUGCGAAGAUGGUGUUAAUCAAUUUAUCUGUCACUGCCCUCCUGGAUACGGAGGUAAAAGAUGUGAACUUAAUAUUGAUGAAUGUGGGUCAAAUCCCUGCCAGCAUGGAGGUUCAUGCAUAGAUGGCUUAAACUCUUAUUCGUGUCAAUGUAUGCCAGGAUAUAACGGUCGAAAUUGUGAAAUAAAUAUUGAUGAUUGUAUAGACAAUCGUUGUCGCAAUGGUGGAACUUGUAUUGAUCUUGUUAAUGGCUACAAAUGUGUCUGCAAGGUGCCUUAUACAGGAAAAGAUUGUGAAUCAAAACUAGACCCAUGCUCAAAAAAUCGUUGUCAUAAUGCUGCAAAAUGUUCACCAAGUCCAAACUUUUUAGAUUUUUCAUGCACAUGCACUUUGGGAUACACUGGUCGUUAUUGCGACGAAGAUAUAGACGAAUGCGCUUUGAGUUCUCCAUGUAGAAAUGGAGCGACAUGUUCGAAUAUUCCAGGCUCUUAUCAAUGUUUAUGUGCUAAAGGAUAUGAAGGUCGUGACUGCACGAUCAAUACAGAUGAUUGUGCUUCUUAUCCAUGCCAAAACGGUGGCACUUGUUUAGAUGGUAUUGGAGACUACACUUGUCUUUGCGUUGAUGGAUUCGAAGGAAAACAUUGCGAAAGUGAUAUAAAUGAGUGUUUAAGCGGACCGUGUCAGAACGGAGCUACUUGUAAUCAAUAUGUUAAUUCUUAUACAUGUACGUGUCCGCUAGGUUUUUCUGGAAUUAAUUGCCAAACAAACGAUGAAGAUUGCACAGAAAGUUCCUGCAUGAACGGCGGUACAUGUGUUGAUGGUGUAAACAGUUACAAUUGCUCUUGUUUGUCUGAAUACACUGGAGCAAACUGCCAGUACAAAAUUAAUAAGUGCGAUUCACAGCCAUGUCAAAAUGGUGGCACUUGUCAUGAAAAUGGUAAAGAUUACACGUGUCACUGUUCUUAUGGUUAUACCGGAAAACAAUGUACUGAUUUUGUUAAUUGGUGUACUCCGCGAUCGUCUUGUGAAAAUGGAGCUAAAUGUAUUCAAAGAAUGAAUUUGUUCCAGUGCAUGUGCGAACCCGGUUGGACGGGCAAACUAUGUGACGUUCAAAUGGUAUCAUGUCAAACAGCAGCAAAUAGAAAAUCAGUAAGCAUAAAACAACUUUGUAAUAAUGGAACAUGUGAAGAUUUCGGUAAUUCGCAUAGAUGUCAUUGUCAUCAAGGAUAUACCGGCUCAUAUUGUCAAAAAGAAAUAAAUGAGUGUGAAUCCCAACCAUGUCAAAAUGGCGGAACGUGCCGAGAUUUAAUUGGUUCAUAUAAAUGUAUUUGCAAGAAAGGAUUUCAAGGGCAAAACUGUGAACUCAAUAUAGAUGAUUGUAAACCAAAUCCAUGUCAAAAUGGUGGAACAUGUCACGACCUAGUUAAUAAUUUUUCAUGCUCAUGUCCUCCUGGAACACUUGGAAUUAUUUGUGAAUUAAAUCAAGACGAUUGCACACCCGGCGCUUGCCACAAUAAUGGAACGUGCAUUGAUCGUGUCGGAGGAUUCGAAUGUUUCUGUCCUCCAGGUUUCGUCGGUUCUCGUUGCGAAGGUGAUAUUAACGAAUGUUUAUCAAACCCAUGCUCGAAUGCUGGUACAUUAGAUUGCGUGCAAUUAGUAAAUAAUUAUCAUUGUAACUGUAAACCUGGCUACAUGGGCAGGCAUUGCGAAAAUAAAGUAGAUUUUUGUGCGAAUUCACCAUGUCAAAAUGGUGGUGUGUGUUCUACAAAGCAAACUAGUCACCAUUGCGUCUGUGCCGAUGGAUUUUAUGGUAAAAAUUGCGAAUUUUCCGGACAUGAUUGUGAUUCAAACCCAUGUCGUGCUGGUAAUUGUAUCAUUGAUGACGCUGGCGGCUAUCGUUGCGAUUGUCCAUUUGGUACCGAUGGUACACAUUGUGAAGAAGAUACUGUUGAUGAAUGUAAACCAAGAAAUCCAUGCCAAAAAAGUGCUUCUUGUGAAAAUUUAUUGGGAGACUUUGCAUGUUUGUGUCCAAAAAAUUGGGCUGGCAAAAUUUGUGAUACAUUUGAUCCAAGCUAUCCAGGCUGGGAAGCUGAUAAACGUUUAUCAAAAGAUUUAAAUUUUUUUGUAAAAGAUCUAGCCAUACAAAGAGAACAGUGUGUUAAAAAAGGGUGCAUUCAAAAGAAAGGUAAUCAUAGAUGUGAUGAAGAGUGCAACACAUAUGCAUGUAAUUUCGACGGCAACGAUUGCUCACUUGGCAUAAACCCAUGGAGAAAUUGUACAGCUUCUAUUGAUUGUUGGAAAGUGUUUAUGGAUGGCAAUUGUAAUGAAGAAUGUAAUAACCCUCAAUGUCUUUUCGAUGGCCGAGAUUGUGAAAGAAAAUUAGAGCGUUGUAAUCCAACAUAUGACGCGUAUUGUGCUAAGCAUUACGCUAAUGGUUUUUGUGAUUAUGGAUGUAAUAACGCUGAAUGCAAUUGGGACGGGUUAGAUUGCGAAAAAGAGGAACCUCCAAUGCUUGCAAACGGUGUUAUUUCUAUAAUAGUCUUGAUGGAUAUAUUUAAGUUCAAAGAAAGAUCUGUGUCUUUUCUUCGAGAUAUGGGUCAUCAGUUAAGGACCACUUUAAGAAUUAAGCAAGACCGACUUGGAAAUGAUAUGAUUUACUCAUGGAAACGUGGCUCAGAAAUGACAGGAAUGCAAGAUACAGGAGUCCAAGUUUUUUUAGAAAUAGAUAAUAGAAAAUGUGACGAAUGUUUCAAUACGGCUAGCGAAGCGGCGGAAUUUUUAGCUGCAACUGCUUCCAAACAUACAUUAUCACCAACAUUUCCUAUUCAUCGGGUUCGUGGAAUUGACAAUCCAAAUGAAGAUAUUCCACAGGUUCCAACUGAUGUGAAAUACGUUGCGUUGGGAGCUAUAAUUGUAUUAUUAGGAUGCAUGUUGGUUGGUGUUUUGGUAACAGCUCAGCGAAAACGAGCUCAUGGUGUCACAUGGUUUCCUGAAGGUUUCUUUACAGCGGCAACCGGACCUCGAAGGCACUCGAGAAGACGUCCAGAUGGGCAAGAAAUGCGAAAUUUAAAUAAAAAUGGAGCAUUGACUUGCAUGGAUUCUGAUUUAAAUAUGAAUUCUGGUCAUCUGGGUCAUGGACAACAUUGGUCCGAUGAUGAGUCAGAAAUGCCGCAAGCAAAACGUUUCCGUAAUGAUCAAGGCUAUUCUAGUGAUCAUACAAUAGUAACGGACUAUGAGGAAGCUGAUCCCAGGGUUUGGUCUCAGCAGCAUUUAGAAGUAGCAGAUGUUCGUCCAUCAAUAAUGACUCCACCAGCUCAUCAAGAUGGAAAACAUGACGUUGAUGUUCGUGGCCCCUGUGGAAUGACUCCUUUAAUGGUGGCUGCAGUUCGCGGGGGAGGAGUGGACACGGGUGAUGAUAUUGAUAAUACCGAUGAUACAACGGCACAAGUAAUUAGUGAUUUAUUAGCCCAAGGUGCUGAAUUAAACGCUACAAUGGACAAAACAGGUGAAACAUCUUUGCAUUUAGCUGCUCGUUACGCACGCGCAGAUGCAGCAAAACGUUUAUUGGAUGCUGGCGCUGACGCUAAUUGUCAUGAUAAUACUGGUAGAACACCGUUACAUGCUGCGGUAGCUGCAGAUGCAGUAGGUGUUUUUCAAAUUCUAUUAAGAAAUAGAGCAACGAACUUGAACGCACGUAUGCAUGAUGGUACAACUCCACUGAUACUUGCUGCCAGGUUGGCGAUUGAGGGUAUGGUUGAAGAGCUAAUCACCGCAGAUGCAGACAUAAAUGCUUCUGACAAUUCAGGGAAAACUGCAUUACACUGGGCGGCAGCUGUCAAUAACGUGGACGCUGUUCAAAUCUUACUAAUGCACCAUGCAAAUCGUGACGCGCAAGAUGACAAAGAUGAAACACCAUUAUUCUUAGCCGCGAGAGAAGGUUCUUAUGAGGCUUGUAAAGCACUUUUAGAUAAUUUUGCUAACCGUGAAAUUACCGAUCAUAUGGAUCGAUUGCCAAGAGAUGUAGCCAGUGAAAGGUUACAUCAUGAUAUAGUUAGAUUACUAGACGAACACGUGCCGCGUAGUCCACAAAUGCUACAAGUGACGCCAUCACAAAUGAUUAGUUCACCACCAACACAUCAACAAAUGAUUCAACAAAACUCAAUGAUAACUGCGAGUGGCGGUGGGGGUGCUGCUGCUAAAGCACAAAAAAGUACUACCAAAACCAAAAAACAAAAAUUAUUAGGCUCAACCACACCGAAUAGCCCAGAAGAUGAUAUUAGUCUUAAGCGAAAGCCAAGUACAAAAAAGCAAGGAUCGUUGACAGCGAAUAAAAAAGGUCAAUUAUUGACUGACGUUCAAAUUUUAGACGCCCAGCUAAGUUCUAUAGAAUCCCCAUUAACCGCUGGUUUACCAAGUCCAUAUGACACAGCUAGUUUGUAUUCGAACGCAAUAGCGACUCAUCAUACAAUGGAUUUAUUGAGUGGUAGUAAACAACCACCUAGUUAUGAAGAUUGUAUAAAAAAUGCGCAAUCAAUGCAGUCCCUCGCAAAUAUGAACUUAGAAAACUUUACGUAUUCGCUAGGUUCGCCAUUUCAAGAAAUUAUGAAUGCUCAAAGAACUAAUAAUCAAACUUUGCAAAUUGGUGAACAAGGACUUAGUCCCCCCUAUUCGAAUCAAUCACCACCUCAUUCAGUGCAAAGCAAUAUGGCUUUGUCGCCUCAAGGAUAUAUAGGAUCUCCUUCUCCAGCAAAAGCACGGCCGACUUUACCUACAUCCCCAACUCAUAUACAAGCUAUGAGACAUGCAACACAUCAAAAACAUCUAAUAACUGGAAAUACAGCUAACAACAGUAAUAAAAGCAAUAACAAUAAUGCAAAUACGAACGGAAAUAGUUCGAAUAGCAGCACAAGUAAUUCAAAUAGUUUUCAAUCAAAUUUAUCACAACAAAACUCACCUGCAAGUUGUGGUGUUACUUCGCCGAACAACGGUAUAAAUCAACAACACCAGCAGCAUCAACAAUCGCAACAUCAACAAUCCCAACACCAACAACAGCAGCAACAAUCGCAAAGACAACAGCAAACUUCCAGUAAUAACAAUAGUGCAAUAUUGCCUUCAAUCCAAAUGGGUUUUGAUUUUGCCUCGGCGAAUUUAGAUUUGAAUGGAUUUUGUGGUUCCCCAGAUUCGUUUUCUGGCCAAAUGAACCCUCCAUCAAUACAAAGUUCAAAUUCAAGUUCAACUCCAUCAAAUUUACACUCGCCAUCAUCGCAAACAAUGCAGUCAACACAAUCCUUUUAUCAAUAUUUAACACCGCCAAGUCAGCAUUCGGUUGGUGCCGGAGGACAAACACCACAACACUUAGUUCAGACAUUAGACAGUUAUCCAACACCAUCGCCAGAAUCACCUGGGCAUUGGUCAAGUUCGUCACCACAUUCAACAUCAGACUGGUCUGAAGGGAUUCAAUCACCUAAUAAUAAUAUUUAUGUGACAGGACAUCAAGCCAAUAAAGGUUCUGAAGCUAUAUAUAUAUAAAUAGGAUUAGAAAACAGAAUUAUCUAUUUAAACAUUCGGUUAAAAA